UCUGCUGACCCGAAAGGAAUGUGAAAGAUUUCCUCUGCGCAGAUGUUGUGGUGAUCACUGAGCCGAGAAACAUGGCUUUGGAAGUCUACUGUGAUCUACUGUCUCAGCCCUGCAGAGCCAUCAUACUCUUCCUCAGGUCCCUGGAGGUGCCGUUCUCCACCAUGGAGAUCAGCCUGUUGACAGGUGACAACAGGACAGAACAAUUUUCCAGUCUAAAUCCCAAGAUGAUGGUCCCAGUGAUUGUUGAUGAUGGUUUUGUUCUCACCGAAAGUGUUGCCAUCAUGAAGUAUUUAGCUGCCCGAUACAAAGCAGCAGACCACUGGUAUCCAGCAGACAUCCAACGACGUGCUAAGGUGGACGAGUACCUUGCAUGGCAGCAUUUUCACACACGGCCACACGCAAUGAAGGUCUUCCACCUUGAGGGCCUCCUGCCAAAGCUGACUGGGCAGCCAGUGAAAGAAGUCCUUUUGUCACGUGCGCUCAGAGAGCUGGAGGAGACCUUGGACCUGCUAGAAAACAUGUUUCUGAAGGGUAAGAAGUUUCUGUGUGCAGAUGACAUCUCCAUCGCGGACAUAAUGGCCAUCUGUGAGCUCAUGCAGCCCCUAGGAGCUGGUCGAGAUGUCCUAGUGAAGCGCUCUCGAUUAAAUGAGUGGAAAAGAAGAGUUGUGGACCAUUUGGGAAGGCAGCUGUUUGAAGACACUCACAGAGUAAUCUUCUCCUUCAAGGACCUGCAGCCCCCCAUUCAACGUCCGAGUCACCUGAUAGCAUUUUGUGAAAAACUCUGUGGAGUCUCAAGCUAAGUGGUCUUACUUUGGGCACUGGAUUUCUGUUAAGGGUAUAAUGGAGCUGCCCUUGAACAUGUUAUGUAGUCCUCCAAGCUUACAUUUUAAUGUACUGCAAGAUGAUGUACGCCAAUUUGAAGUGUAUGUAGCAAAUCGAGACCUUAAAUCUAGCAUUUUAUAUAAGAAAAUGCGACUGCUAAUCAAGGCAUGUGUGUAUAAAAUUUCAAAGCACAUUGCUUUAGUGUGUAGCAACUUUGUGAGCACUGUCAUGUUCUCAGCCCUUAUUUGACCUUUUGUUAUGUAAUUGAUUUACAUUUCAGUACCAUUAGAUGUUUAUUAAAUGGAAAUACAGUACACCUUACAGUUUCCAUUUUUCUAUUUGCUAGUUGUGGUCACAAGGUGCGAAGGUCAUAUUUCAGAAGCCAGCUUCAUGUAGUUUGCUUAUGCUUGUAAGAAGUUCAAGCCGUUUCCUGCUAAUGUCCUCGAGGAGCCUUUGCUUAAGAGGAA